AUGUGUUCUUACUGGAUUCCGAUUAUCGAGGGCGCAGCUCCCGUUAACCGGAUCCAGGACCCGCCCGCACGCGUCCCUGCCCAAUACGACAUUCUAUCCCCUAUCUCGCCUGAGGAAGUGCUGACAUGCCUUCCCAGCGCUGACACUUCGCCUGGUCCGGAUGGGUUCCCGGUCAGGUUGUGGAGACGUAUCCCCAUACCUCUGUUAGCCGGCCUAUUCAACCUGAUUAACGCCAGCGGGGAGCUGCCACAUGAACUUUCGGCUUCCCGCACUAUCUUCGUGCCGAAGAAGGGUGACCCCUCGUGUCCGGAAAACUACCGCCCGAUUUCGAUCGCUUCGGUGGCGCUCCGGCACUACCAUAGAAUUCUGGCUCGCCGUCUGGAGAGUCUUUCGAUUGUUGACACAAGGCAGCGCGCGUUCCGACGUGCGGAUGGAGUUGCGGAAAAUAUCUUCCUGCUUCAUUCGUUGCUUCGGGACGCCCGCUCGUCUUGCAAGGGUCUCUGUCUCGCGUCUCUCGACUUGUCGAAGGCGUUUGAUUCAGUUGCCCACGAGUCGAUCUACGCCGCGCUGCGUGGCGCGGGCUUAUGCCCGCGCUUCGUCGAUUACCUGCGCGGGCUGUAUCUGCAAUCGGGGACCUUCAUUCAGGCGGGGGGGCAGUGCUCACGGGCCCUGUCGGUAUUGAAAGGCGUGCGUCAGGGCGACCCAUUGUCGCCGCUAUUAUUUAACGUGGUAGUAGACCAAGCGCUACGAGCAUUACCACACGCCGUUGGCUACGCGCUCGGGUCCGAGCAAGUGAGUGCCCUCGCGUUCGCGGACGAUGUAAUCCUGGUGGCUUCCACACCGUUAGGAUUGCAGCGCUCGUGCGAGGCGUUCACGGACCGGGUGGCUGUAGAUGGCUUGAGGCUGAACCCGGCGAAAAGCGCAACGCUGACCCAAAUACCGUCUGGCCGCGAUCAUAAGUUGAAGGUGGUGGAUACGGUGUACGUCCUCAACGGCGAACCCGUCCCCGCUCUCUCUGUGUCGUCGCUUUGGCGCUAUCUUGGUGUCGGCUUUGCGGGCGGUCGCCUGGAAGAGUAUGAUUGCGCGUCGUACGCCUCGGCAAUCGGUCGGCUUUCAGCCGCGCCGAUGAAGCCGCAGAUGCGGCUGGCCAUAUUACGUGAUCACCUCAUUCCGAUGUUCGUUCACGGACUGACGUUUGGGGCGGUCUCGGCCGGCAAGCUGCGUACACUGUCACACGAAACAAGACGCGCUGCUCGUUCCUGGCUAGACCUGCCAAUUUCGUGCCCCAACGCGUACAUUCACUCGCCAACAUCGGCGGGUGGCCUGGGAAUUCCCAGUCUCGAGCACAUAAUUCCGAAAUCUCGCCUAAAAAGGUAUGUAAGGCUUGAGCAGUCGUCCGUCCCGGCUGUCCGCGAAGCGUUCCGACUCCACGGGUCGAAAGCGUUAGCGGCGUCGCGGCGGGCGGUUGAAAAGAUGCAGCUCAAGCAGUCCUUUCAGACCAGCCUGCAUUCUUCGGUCGAUGGUUGUGAGCUAAGGAUGUGCCCCGAUGAGCCCGCUUCUGUUGCGUUCCUGCGAAACCAUACCGGUAUCCCCGGUAAGGAUUUCAAAAGGUACGCGCAGCUCCGGAUCAACGGGUUACCAUCACGGAAGCGCGUGAACCGAGGCCGUCGCGGUCCGACUAACUGUCGGGCCUGCGGCGCUCCCUCGGAAACACUUGCACACAUAGUGCAGUCCUGCCAUCGGACGAAUGAGGGGCGUAUACUCCGGCACGAUUGCCUAGUUAAGAAGGUCGUUGCCGGCCUGAGCGAGAAGGGAUACAAGGUCGAGACCGAAUUCCAUUACAGGUUGCAAGGCGGGAACCUAAGGCGGGAACCUAAGGAACCUAACCCAGAUAUCGUUGCCACUGGGUGUGACGAUAAUAGAGGUCGGUUCUCCGUCAUUUGCGAUGUGCAAGUUGUGUCCGCCAACAACACAUUAGGAUGGCACCAAAAUAAGAUCCGCAAGUAUGCGGACCGCCCGGAUCUUUUGAGCGCGAUCCGGGCCCGACACCACUCGACCAAUGUGCAAACGGUCGCCCUGACCAUUAAUUGGCGGGGAGUAUGGCUCGCAGCCAAUAUGGCUCGAAAUUCAAGCAAGCGCGGGUAAACGGCAGGAGUAACUAUGACUCUUUGGUUGAACGCCGAUGAUCGUUGGUGCCGGGCUAUUCCAGUUCUCUGGUUGUACACCUUGGUGCCUUCGUGAUGGCUAUUCCAAGAGCCCAGCGUGUCGGUGGGGUUGUCGGAAGGUUCUGUCAGAAUCCGACUCCCCCACACACCCCUGUAUCGCGCUUGGGCUCAAAGGCGGUCAGAAGGUUCUGUUAGAAUCUGACCCCUUUCACAUCCGAGAGGCUCGCAUGGAGCGUCCGCGGCGCCUUCGGGCGAACGGCUUCGGUGCGUGUUGUCGUAUUGUGUGUCAUAUGUUACCCGAGAGUCCCCGUGGCGGCCUAGCGCCGUCCCGGGGUCUCUACGGCAAAAUCGAUCCUCACUUCCGGGCAAACUGA